AGAGUGAUCACUGAUCAAGCACGGUGUACAUAUACGUAGGGCGUACGCACCUCCAUAGAACCCCAAGAGACCCCCCAAGAGACCCUCCAUCGAUCCACCUGACAAGUAAACUUGAAGUAGCCUCAAUUAUCGGGAGAAUUAUGUCUAAAUGAUAGUAAUAGAUGGUAGAAAUUCCCCCAUUAAAUACUAAACUCGGAUAGUGAAGACCACAUAGGAGUAGCACUAAAACAAAUAGAAUCAGUUAACAGGUGACCCUCAUUAGCAAUAUAAUCCUUACAAAUUAGGAGGGGACGAGGAGCAGAAGUAGCUGUAGUAACACCUCGACGACGACGACGAGGACGAGGAGGUGAAGACGCAUGACCCUCACUCAGGUAGUCGUAAUAGGGAUUUCGAGACUAAAUAUUUAAGCACGGCCCCAUAGACCCUCCACUUGUCAGGUGCUCGAAGGGCCCAGCUGCUAGUUGAUUCCUACCUGUACACCACUGCAUAAGACCCGCUCCUCCCCCACUCAUGCUUUCCCCCACAAACGAUAAAUGCCGAAUGCAGAAUAAAAAGAAAGAUUUCAAACGGUAAACAAAUGCAGACCAACUUUUCCUGGGGGCAUCAUUAUUCUAGCUUGGCUUGGCCAUUUUCCCAGCCACUUAGCCGAAAGUUUGGCCUCCGUAAUGGCAGGUAAUCCCGCCCAGAGGAGUAUAAAAACAAGACCACAGAGUCGGGCAGAGACAAACGUAAGUAAGAUCAUGGCGGAGGCGGAGGAGAAGGAACAACCGGAGCUGGACACGCACAGUGCUAUGCACUAUCACUGGCGAGUGUGGGAGCUGACCGGACUGAUGCGGCCCAAGGGAGUCUCCGACGUGGCCUACUUGGUCUACGCUAUCCUGAUCAAUGUGCUGGUCACCAUCCUCUUUCCCCUGAGCCUGAUGGCCCGGCUCUUCUUUACGCACAACAUGCAGGAGAUGUGCGAGAACCUAACCAUCUCCAUCACGGACAUUGUGGCCAAUCUGAAGUUUGUCAACGUUUACCUGGUGCGGGAGCAGCUGCACGAGAUCCGCUUGCUGCUGCGCCAAUUGGAUGUCAGGGCCAGACAGGUAGGCCAUCCGGAGGAGCUGGGUGCGCUGCGCAGCGAGGUGGAGAUUGCCAAGAGCGGCUUCCGCUACUUUGCCCGCAUCUUUGUGUUCGGCACCACGCUCAGCUGCCUCCGGGUGGCCAUCUUGCCGGAACGCCAGCUCCUGUACCCGGCCUGGUUCGGCGUGGACUGGCGGCACUCCACCAAAGCCUACGUGGCCAUCUACAUCUACCAGCUCUUUGGGCUGAUCGUCCAAGCCGUGCAGAACUGUGCCAGUGACUCGUAUCCGCCGGCGUAUCUCUGCCUGCUCACUGGUCACAUGCGUGCCCUGGAGCUCAGGGUGCUCCGGAUUGGCUACAAGUCUACGGACGGCAUGGAAUCGAGCGGAGACUUUGUGGCCUGGCAGCGCCAGAUGCAUGCGGAGCUGAUCGACUGCAUCCGGGAUCUGAUGCUGAUCUACCGGCUGCGCAGCAUCAUUCAGCGCAUCCUGUCGGUGGCCUGCAUGGCCCAGUUCGCCUGCUCAGCUGCCGUCCAGUGCACAGUGGCCUUGCACUUUCUGUAUGUGGUGGACGACAACGACCUAUCCGCCAUGAUCCUGUCGAUUGUUUUCUUUGCUGCCGUCACCUUGGAGGUGUUUAUCAUCUGCUACUUUGGCGACAGGAUGCGGACGCAGAGCGAGGCCCUCUGCGAUGCCUUCUACGCCUGCAACUGGGUGGAGCAGCUGCCCAAGUUCAAGCGGGACCUGCUCUUCACGCUGGCCAGGACGCAACGGCCGUCCAUGAUCUUUGCCGGCAACUAUAUCGCCCUUUCGCUGGAGACGUUCGAGGAGGUCAUGAGGUUUACCUACUCCGUGUUCACGCUUCUCCUGAGGGUAAAAUAAGCAGCGAUGGAAGAUGGAGAUGGAUCACAGUCUGGACUUGACGCUUCGUUGAUUAGAGCACUUAGCCACUUGCUCAUUUCGGUUUUAUAAUGGCAAACGUUAGCCAGGCAGGAUCCAGAUCCCUGGGCUCUGACAACUGUACACAGGAAAUCACUAGAACCGCAUAGACAAUUUAUAGGACACCAGUAGAAGGAAAUAUUAUAUUUCGCUUUUAUUCCCUUGUCGAAAGACUAAUCAUAGACAAGU